AUGGCGCAGCCGUCGCAGACAUCCGGUCUGGACACUCUCGCCGAAAGCUCGCAUUAUGCUCUGGAGCAGCUGCGUCUUGCGCGCGAGUUGGACAUGAAUAAUAUCAACAACAACAGCAACGAUUCUUUUAUCAAAAAGGAUAGCCAAUCGGAUUCUGCUGGGUCAAAGAUGCCGAUUAUGCGCAGUCCGCUUUCCGAGGCGAGGUCCAGCAUUCGGAAGCACUCCGCUGAGACCACGGCAGCGGUACGGCGCCGGAUUAGUCGUGCUUGUGAUCAGUGUAACCAGUUGAGGACUAAAUGUGAUGGGCAAAGUCCUUGUGCGCAUUGUACCGAGUCCGGCCUGAGCUGCGAGUAUGCUAGAGAAAGAAAGAAGCGCGGCAAGGCUUCAAAGAAAGAUCUUGCAGAAGCUGCUGCGAAAGCUGCGAGUGGCGGAUCGCGCGAUUCUGGUACUCCCGGUUAUGAAACAAUCCCAGAUCAAUCGUCUCAGAUGUCGGUGGUGAUGACUUCGGAAUCCGAUGCUCGGAUCGAUCAAGCGAGACGGUCAUUUUCAGAGUCGCAGGUCCCGCAGCAGAGUCUUUCUAGUUUGCGGGAAUUGGCACAGCAGCCUCCUCAAACAACACGACCGAGGCAGUACUUUCCGUCGAAUAUGACACCGAUACCUAUGAACGGAUUUGGACAGGUGCAGAAUGUUGAUCGAUCGUUUAUUCAGAUGCCUGAUUUGCGAGAGCUGCAACCUCGGUCGCCUUCUGCGCUUGUUCCGGCUGGGUUGAAUGGGUUCCACGAUGCGUAUAACAUGGUUGAUCACGCGCCACCUAGUAUAAACCAAUACCCAUUUUCACAGCCAGAAGAUGCAUCGGCGAACCACUUUACUGGACUCACGCCUCCUGUUCAAUCUCCUGGGUGGCUACCUUUACCUGCCCCGUCUGUUGGCUUCCCUCCGAUCAAUGUGUCGAAUGGCUUCACUAGCACGUUGAAGUAUCCCGUGUUGGAGCCACUGCUGCCUCACAUAGUUUCGAUUAUACCACACUCUCUCGCAUGCGACCUUCUGGAACUGUACUUUGCCAGUACCUCCUCUUCUCAUGUGUUCCCCCAGUCACCAUACGUGGUUGGAUACGUUUUCCGAAAAAAGUCUAUCUUGCAUCCGACCCAACCUCGCACGUGUAGUCCAGCUUUAUUGGCAAGCAUGCUCUGGGUAGCGGCACAGACUAGCGACGCACCUUUUUUGACAUCCCCUCCGUCAGCACGAGGCAGGGUUUGCCAGAAGUUAUUAGAGCUUACAGUUGGUUUACUGCGACCUUUGAUACAUGGUCCCACACCGGGAGAGGCUUCUCCUAAUUAUGCUGCUAAUGCGGUUAUUAAUGGGGUUGCGCUAGGUGGAUUCGGUGUGUCGAUGGAUCAACUUGGUGCUCAAAGCAGCGCUACAGGGGCUAUUGAUGACGUCGCUACUUAUAUUCAUCUCGCGACUGUGGUAUCAGCAAGUGAGUACAAAGCUGCAAGUAUCCGUUGGUGGGCAGCAGCAUGGUCGCUGGCGCGCGAACUGAAGCUUGGACGUGAACUUCCUCCGACGCCGUCGCAGCCUCAAAGUCACGAUCGAGAUGGCAAUGUUGACAUGGAACCAAAACCUUCGCGAUAUCAAUCAGUUACCGAAGAGGAACGCGAAGAACGUAGACGUAUAUGGUGGCUUCUCUACGUGAUGGACCGCCAUCUGGCCUUGUGCUAUAACCGACCAUUGACAUUGCUGGACAAAGAGUGUGAAGGGUUGUUGCAGCCGAUGAACGAUGACAUCUGGCAUGCCGGUGAUUUUGCAAAUGCGGGAUACCGACGAGCAGGCCCAAGCCUUGAAUGUACAGGCCACGGUAUGUUUGGGUAUUUCUUGCCGUUAAUGACUAUACUCGGCGAAAUAGUCGAUCUGAAUCAUGCGCGAAACCAUCCACGGUUUGGGAUUCAUUUACGGACCAGCGGCGAGUGGGAUAGCCAUACUACAGAGAUCACUCGGCAAUUAGAUGUCUAUGAACAGAGCCUGCAUGAGUUUGAGGCUAGACAUACAGCGUCCUUGGGGAUUGGCAACGAAGGUGGCGCACCUGAUACUGGCUUUAAUGCCGCUGCGCCUACGGGAAUUGAUCAUGUCAGUCCAUCAGCAAGGUCAUCGAGCACGGUGGGGUCUCGAGUCAACGAAUCGUUCAUGCAGACAAAAAUGGUCGUUGCAUACGGUACAUAUCUAAUGCACGUCUUACAUAUACUGCUUGUGGGAAAAUGGGACCCCAUCUCUCUGCUAGAUGACAACGACCUGUGGAUUUCAUCAGAAGCUUUUAUCACAGCCAUGGGGCACGCCGUCAAAGCAGCAGAAGCCGCUGCCGAUAUCUUGGACUACGAUCCAGACUUGAGUUUUAUGCCAUUCUUUUUUGGUAUUUAUUUGCUACAGGGCAGUUUCUUGCUGUUAUUGACAGCCGAUAAACUGCAAGGGGACGCUGAUCCCAGUGUUGUUAGAGCGUGCGAGACUAUAGUACGAGCACAUGAAGCGUGUGUUGUGACGUUGAACACUGAGUAUCAGCGCAAUUUCCGUAAAGUCAUGCGUUCCGCACUCGCGCAAGUCCGGGGACGUAUGCCAGAUGAUUUUGGCGAACAACAGCAACGACGGCGUGAAGUACUUGCGCUUUAUCGAUGGACAGGCGAUGGCAGCGGAUUAGCUUUGUGA